AUGUCUCCAUCCAGGGUUUCGACUACACAAAGCCCGGACAUCCUCCGCCCAAUGAACCUGUAUGACGAGGCUGAAUUUGAGGAGCUUCUUAAGCAAAGAGUCAUCUGCGGCUGGAACAACCAACCCGCCAACAUCGUCCGAUGGCGCGAAAUGAUGGACUCAAAACAGAAGUCUCUGUUCUGGAUCGUUCUUCCCGAUACCAACACUCGGGUGGGCCAUAUCUCUCUAGACUGCGCAACGGACCCUCCAGACCUGGAGCUCGCAAAUCCAGACAAGUCCGUUCUGACAAUCUCUACUUUCUUCAUCCUCCCAGAGUACAGGUCGACAGGUCUCGGCCGAUUAGCCAUGGACGUGAUGGAGGAUUUGGCGACUAAGGAGCCUUACGGAUCACCGAACUGUAGGGCCAUCGCCGUACACACGCUAGACCGGAGGUAUACGGAGGGUGACUCGGAAGAGUGGCGGAAAUGGGCGAAAUUACGCCAAGGACAGCUGCCUCCGAAGGGUAGGAGCACCGAGGACUGGUACGCUCGGAGAGGUUACGUGAAGUGGAGAGAGGAGCCGAGAUAUCCGGAGAAGACUCUGGACGGGCAGGACAUCUUGUUGAAUGCUGUUUUCUUGCGGAAAAGGUUGCAGUGA